AUGCCUCCAAUCAAGGCAGAGAGCAUCAAGGCCGAGCGGUUGGAUCGCAAACUGCACGAGCUACCCUUGACUCCCGGUACGGCUCUGCAGCAGUCGGCAAGAGAUUCAUGCCCUUCAGCAUCCACUGCGGUCCCAGCUUCGGCAACUGCUCAACCCGACACCCCUUUCCGUCAAAUCAAGUCUGAACCAUCUUCUGCUCCAGUCGUCAAGCAAGAGCAAUCCGGGGCAAUUGCUAAUCCAAACACUCCGGCCCACAAUGAUUCAGCUUCUACCGAAGAUCCUGAGCAGCCUGUGCCCUAUCAAGAGGAGCCCAAUUACCUCGAGCAGUGGACCAAAGAAACCUCCCCCGAGAUCCUUGAACAAGGCGUCAAAAUUGGCUUGGAUGUCCUCGAAAGUCUCAAGACGCCUCUCAGCCUCACUGGUUCCCUCCCGGGCACCCAGGUUUCGUCAUGGGUCAAGGCAAUUGAAGACCUCAAGACCCGCUCUCGGCCGUCCAAAACCAUUGUCGGUGUGGUGGGCAACACAGGCGCUGGCAAAUCCUCCGUCAUCAACGCCCUACUAGACGAGGAGCGACUUCUGCCGACCAACUGCCUGCGCGCUUGUACCGCUUCCCCUACUGAAAUCUCGUACAAUGAUUCCGAGGAACCGGAGGAGCUCUAUAGAUCGGAAAUAGAGUUUAUUUCCCUGGAAGACUGGAAAAAGGAGCUCAAGACGCUAUUUACAGAUCUCCUAGACGACAGUGGCAACAUCUCACGUGAGUGCGCCAACGAGGACAGCGAGGCAGGUAUUGCCUAUGCCAAAAUCAAGUCUGUUUACCCCAACAAGACGAAGGAAAUGAUCGCCCAGAGCAACCCUGAGCAGUUGGUCAAUGAGCCUGCUGUUGCCCGUGUCCUUGGCAGCGUCAAGAAGUUGAAAGCAACCACAGCCAAGGACUUGUAUGCCAGCAUGCAGCGUUAUGUGGAUAGUAAAGAAAAGAACCCGCACAAAAAGGACGUUCCCAUGGAGUUUUGGCCCCUGAUCAGGGUCGUCCGGAUCUUUACGAAGGCGAAUGCUCUGUCCACAGGUGCCGUCAUUGUUGACUUGCCUGGGGUCCAGGAUUCCAACGCUGCGCGUGCCGCUGUAGCACAGAACUACAUGAAGGCAUGUACAGGUCUUUGGAUUGUUGCUCCCAUCAACCGAGCAGUCGACGAUAAGACAGCCAAAUCGCUAUUGGGCGACUCGUUCAAGCGCCAACUCAAGUACGAUGGCAUUUACUCGGCCGUUACGUUUAUCUGCUCCAAAACGGAUGACAUUUCAGUCACUGAGGCUGCUGAAAGCCUCGAUAUUGAAUCAGACAUUUCUGCUUCUUGGGCUAAGAUCGAGAAGCUGCGUCAUGAGCUUCGGGACCUGAAGAUAGGGCUCAACGACGCCAAGAAUGAGAAGUCGGACCUCCUCGACAGCCUUGAGCAGAUUGACACGCUUUUCGAUAAGUGGGACGACCUCGCUAGCAAAUACGCCGACGGGAAGACUGUGUACGCUCCCUCGGAGGGCAAGAAACGCAAGCGUGGAGCAACUACAUUCAAGAGCCGAAAACGCAAGUCGUCUUACACCAGUAGUAGUGAGUCGAAUGAUUCGGACUAUAACUCGGACAGUGAUAAGGAAAACAACCCCGACAACCAGAACAAGCAGCCUUUGACAGAGUUGAAGAUCCAGGAGAAGCUGUCUGAUCUCAAGAACCAGAAGAAGGAAAUCCGCCAGAGGCGCAAGGAGGUGGAUGCGACGCUCUCCAAUAUCCGGCAGGAAAUGAAGAACAUCCAAUCAGAGGAAGAGCGGCUGCUUGGGGCGGCCAAGGCCGUGUGUAUUCAAGGCCGAAAUAAUUACUCAAAGGGCGCUAUUCAGCGUGAUUUUGCCAUGGGUAUCAAGGAGCUGGAUCAAGAGGCUGCCAUCGAGGAAGAUGAGGAGACCUUUAAUCCCGACGAGGAUAUCCGCGACUAUGACGAGGUCGCCCGUAACCUACCCGUCUUCUGCGUAAGCAGCCGUGCUUACCAGAAGAUGCGGGGAAGACUACAACGGGAUGAUUUCAACAACGAUGGCUUCCGUGAUGUCAAGGAAACCGAGGUCCCUCAGCUCCAGCAGCACGCCAAGAAGCUCACUGAAAGCGGCCGUGCUGCCAGUGCUCGCCGCUUCCUCACCGAACUCAGCCAACUGCUCAACUCAAUGAAAAUGUGGGCUGCCAAUGAUGGAUCGCGGGCUCACUUGAGUCGUCGAGAGUUGGAGAGUGAGGGGACUCGUGUGCGAAUGCAGCUUGCUACACUGGACAAUGUGGGUUGCGCUUUACCCCGUCAGAUUUCAGGCACUGAUACCCAACAGGACUUCGCUAAGGCGGUUGACAACUGCGUCGCAUCCGUGAAAGAUGCGCUCUCGGAGAGCAUCUACGACUACUUCGACUUGUCGAUUCCUCUGGCAGCCAACGCGGCUGGUCCUACAGCAUCUGCCUGGGGUGCUCAUCGCAGUGAGGGUGGAAUGUUUUGGGCCACGUACAAGGCAACUUGCCGCCGGUCCGGAGUCUAUACAGGCGCGUCCGGCCCUCGCGACUUUAAUGCGGAGCUGCUCGAGCCGAUCUCUCGACAGCUUGCGACUGGAUGGGAGCGAGCUUUCCAACGUCGACUACCACAGGCUCUUGAGGGCUUCGCUAUGAACGCUCGCCUCCUGCUUGAGACCUUUCAUGGCAGCGUCAUUGCGCGAUCCCAAGAGCUAGGUGCCGAUUACAAUGGCAUCAACAUGCUGAGCACGCAGUUGCGAGCUCACACCGCCCGCCUCAGGGAGAUUCCUGGGACACUCCACAUAGUCAUUCAAGAGCUGCAGCGUGAGGCUAGCCGAGGCUUCCAUCCUGUCGUUCAACAUGAGAUGCAGCCGGCUUACGAUAUCUGUGUUGCGGAGUCAGGCACUGGCUCCUACGCUCGCAUGAAGACUCAUAUGGUCAAUCACGUCGAGACCGCCCGCGAGGCCAUCUUCCGCCACUCCACUGAUAGCGUCAAGGAGCGGCUGGAGGCCUUGUGCAUACGACUACAGGACGAAUUGACCAUGCAAGUCCAAGAAAUCUACAGCCUGCUCGCCCGCGAUUAUUUACAUGUGCUCAUUGGCGUCGACAAUGAUCCCAAGCCCUCUGGCCUUUCUCGCGCUGAGCGUCUGCUUCGGGUAGAGAUGUAUCAUAAGCUGGAGCACUCGGCCAAACGCUUCGCUAGACCUGGUCCGGACGGUAACGAAGACAUCUCAAAGCCGCCCGAUGAGGGCAAAGGCCACGACCUAUUUGCGAACGAGGCUUCAGUUGACAUGGAUGAUCUCUUGGCGGCCCAGCUUGGCGGUGGAACCGCUGAGAGUGCUGGUGGCCAGGUAGGAGUUAAGACCGAGCCGUCCACCUAA